GGGGUACCAGGUUAAAUUAUAAAUGAAUUUGUGGUAUGAAAGAAACUGUUUACCACUAUAAUGUAUGUAUUAAAACAACGAAGAAAUAUGAAAAAUUACUUUGUCUAAAAAAUCUUGUUUCAUAUGAUCGUAAAAAUAAAUCACCACAGGAACCUGAUACCCCUACAUAUAUAUUUAGAAUAUUCCGAUUGCGGAUGCUGUCGUUACCGUGGAUGUGUCGUUGAAUGUCACGUUGACAAUGGACAGAAACUUUUGGUGGAUCAGCGGUGUUACUGCUGCUGUCGUUACGGGGACGUAUGUCCUCUGGACAUCAUCAUUAGGCAAAUCGAACAAGAAAAAGGAUAGAUGUCCAGGACUGGUAAACCUAGGCAAUACCUGCUUUCUAAAUGCUGUCCUCCAAGCAAUGUCUUCCUGUUCAAAUGUAACAAAUUGGCUUGCUGAUUUUGUAAGCUCUGGGCAUAAACAGAACACAUCCCUAGCCAGGACAUUGAAUGACACAGUCAAAGUGUUGAACAAUGAGAAGGAGAUCUAUGAUGAUGCAUACUGCCCAGUGGAAGUCAUUCAUGCUCUGGCAGCCAAAAGAUGGUACAUCUCACCUGAUGAACAGGAUGCACAUGAAAUGUUCCAUGUAUUGACACAGACAAUUGAUGAGGAGACAACAAAAUAUCCAGGAGUUAUCUCCCUGUUUGAGAACCCCGACACGGAAUUCCAGAAGAAUGACCGAGCGAUGACCAGAACACACAGUCCUCUUCCUCUGUUGCCCCACCGUGAGAUGGAGCAUCCUUUCCGAGGGCUGCUGGCCAGUCAGCUGCAGUGUGUGGAGUGUGGGUACAGAAAUCCAGUCAGAUACGAUCACUUCGACAGUCUCUCACUCUCCAUCCCACAGAGUGUCUGGAGUGACCGCACUUUAGAAUCGUUGUUGUACCAUUACAUCAGUGCUGACACCGUGAAUAACGUGGAGUGUUUGGGGUGUAGCAAGCUGAAACACAAGCCUGCAGGCUGUAAAGCUCCGCUCAAACGCUCUACAUUUAAAAAGAAACUUACUAUUGGAAAGUUACCUCAUUGUUUGUCGAUACACAUCCAGAGGUGCCAAUGGACGGACAGUGGGGUCCCUCUGAAGAGACAGGAGUUUGUCUCUUACCCAGAUAUCCUGGACAUGAGUGACUAUGUCUACCACAAGUCGGCCGCCAUCAAAGAAUCCCGGGAAACGGGGGACCUGAGUGGUGGGCGAGAACUGUUUCACUUCGGGAUGGGUAAUGAACAUAAAGCUUUAAGCCUGGGAACCGCCCCUUCUGUGAACCUCCUAAGGACCCUGAACUAUGACAACCGUACAACACAGAAUGGAUUGUUUAUCAGGCCACAGGACCACACGGACAUGGAGAACCAUCUCUCUGAUGUCAACCACAAUGGUCCCACGGAUACUGGAAAAUCUACAAAAACAUCACUGACUUAUCGGUUGAGUGCGGUGGUGGUCCACCUAGGUGGUGUUACCUCUGGACAUUUUGUGACCUAUCGUCGCAGCCCCAACACAGUGAAGGGUAAAUGUAGGAAAGAGAAGUGGUUGUGUUGUUCUGAUGGGAGUGUCACGCCCGUCAGUUUGGUAGACGUGUUCUCAGCGGAGGCUUACAUGUUGAUGUACGAGAGGUUAUAAGGUCAUCUUGUAGAGACUCGUCGAUAUCCUUGCCUGAUGUUUCCAUUGUAUUUAUUAUUUGUAUGCUGCACACUGCCUGCCCAGGAAGAGCUUUUUUUUUUAUUUCGUGAUUGUAAUUUUUCAUGUUUAUAUCAGGUUAAUUAUGUGCAGUUUAUAGACUGAUUGUAAUGAGUGGAGAGUCUUCAAAAAGGCAAAGUUGAAUGUGGAAGUGUGUGUUUGAAUUGGCAAUAUUCACUGUGUGAAUUCCUAAUUGUUUAAAACAAUUGUGUGGUGCUUUCUUAAGGAGGUGUACUACAUGGCUAUUGGUACUUCCUUUCAAAACAAAAAUGAAAAUAUAAAUAUCAGCAAUAUUUGUGUAUUCCUUUCAGAUUUAAUUACCUUGCUGAGUAGCUCAGUAAGUUGACUGCUGAACUGUAGAUCACGGGUUCGAGUCCAACAGGGGUUUUAAAUUUUUUUUUACUAAGCUCUCCCCCAUAUCAAAUUUCGCUGAUGUAGUAUUCCUCCUUAUCUAAUAUUUGAUAGAUCAUUUGUGUGUGUCCUACAUGUAUGAUGAGUCAUGUGUUGUGUACUGAAUGCAAAUGGUAUCACAGUAUUAUGGUGCGAGAAUAUUGGUCCGUUUGCAUUGUUCAAUCUACUUUCAGU